AGUCUCGUUCGCGUUCAAUAUUUUGUGAGCUUUUGUAUAAGCUUUUUUGUUUUGUGACAAAAUGCCUUUGACGUCAAAAUCAAAUAAACUGCAAAACCAAUUGGUAUGACGUCUAUUAUUCCGAAAUGUUACGCGAAAUUCAAAGAACAAGAUCAACAAAGAGAAUAAAGCAUGCCGCUUAUUUCAAAUUAAAGAUAAAAACGUUUACAGCAGAAAAAAUAUAAAAAAGGAGAAUUUCAGGCUCCAUAUUUUAUGCAUAAUUCAUUAAGGCACUGUGCCACUUAAAGUCGGCUGCUUUGUAUUGCAUCAUACAUUCUUUAACUCUGUUUGUCUGAAACCUAUAUAUUGAUCGAAUAUUGCAUAAAUACAAAUUCAACGCCACCGGGAAAUUAUCAAGUAUAAAGUUUCGUUUCGUGUGUUCGUUAGACAGAUGUGAAGUAGGGAAUACAUUUUCAGUUAAUAAUGACGGUCGCGCUAAAGUUUUGCAAUCCACUUUAACACUUAAACAUAUUAGCCCUCCAUUGUUCCCGAGUUUCUGUGACACCGCCGGACGGCGGAUUGUAGAUAAAUUACAAUUAAGCACAACACUGAAUUCAAAAAGGAACUUUAAAUUCUUUUUACUGUAUACGAUUUCAACACGUUGCAAAAUCCAGUGACCGCGACACUGAUAAACUGCCGGGUGGUCAAUACUGUGUGCGCUUUGUGAUACAAGGCCUGCAGUGCUAAUCGAAGAGUGCGGAAUGUCCGCCCCACAUUGAAGAUUCCCGGUGUCAUUGCAAAUAUCCGGAGUAUUUCCCGCAGGAAAGCUCGGAAUCAGUUACACCAUCCGAGUGAAAUUGAUUGUUAAUAAGUUAUGGAAUAAUUAAUAAACCGAGAUCUGAAAAACUAUCUUUAUUGAACACCAUGUGAUACAUUUCGAUAAGUUAAACUUUCGGUGGCAAGUAAAUUUACUCUACUCGCAGCAAUGGGGAAACAGAACAGUAAACUUGAACCUAAGGAGCUGAGUGACCUAAACCUACAGACAAACUUUACUGAGGCGGAACUACAACAAUGGUACAAAGGAUUCCUCAAGGAGUGUCCGAAGGGAAGCCUCACCAUGUCAGAGUUCAAGAAGGUCUAUUCGGACUUUUUCCCUCGGGGAGACGCCACCACAUUUGCCGAGUAUGCCUUUAAGGCGUUUGACAUCAAUCAAGAUGGCACCCUGGAUUUUCGGGAAUUUAUGUGCGCCCUGAGUGUGUCCUCGCGAGGCUCGCUGGAGGAGAAGAUUCAGUUCGCCUUUCGCAUCUAUGAUAUCGAUGGCGACGGGUUCAUUACGAAACACGAGAUGGUGGAAAUCAUUGGGGCAAUCAACAAAAUGGUGGAUUCGUCAUCGAAGACAAAACACAGUAAGAUGACCCCCGAGGAGAGGACCGACGUCAUCUUUAAGCGGAUGGACAAAAACUCGGAUGACAAGUUGUCGCUGGAGGAAUUCACUGACGGCGUAAAAGAGGAUCGGUCCAUCGUCCAAUUCCUGCAAGGCGACCCGUGAAAAUCCCCGCCGUAGGAAACAUUAAAGACGGGAUUGAUUCCGAAUAAAAAUCUCGACUUGUCAUAAAAUACGAUUACCUCUGGUUCCCUGUAGAGGUUUGCGCUCGUUCAUAUAGCUACAUAACCUCUAAUAAUCAAUAGUCAUUCUAUUCAUCAGGAUUUUAAACUUCGGAUGAAAAUUUUAAAGCGCAAAUAAGUGUUUGCUUCUAUGUGUAUCCCUUUCUAUAUGUUGAGUGCAUGGAUAUUAGCUUCAAAAAUGUGUUUCGUAAAAAUAAUUCAAAUCAUUCCAUUGUCCACGUCGUCGGUUUUUAUUCCUCGAGGACGAAAUUUACCCCCGAUAUAUCUGAAGUACAGUUUUGUUUGCAAGCCUUUCAACUGAUUUCAAUUUUUAUUCUAAUAAGUGCGCUAGAAAAUGUGGUGACUUAACAUUGUCAGGAAUGAAAUCUUAAGAAAAAGCAAUUCUGAAGUUGAGAAAAUUGUAAAUGUGACUCUUGUAUAUUAUUUUUUAUGUGAUUCGGGUCAGAUAAAAAACUACCAUUCAAGCUAACACAUGGCGAUGAAGGGAUUAUGUUGCCUAUUUAAUUAAUAAAGUCUGUUUUCAACUCUAAUGCUUGGACCGCUGGGGAAUAUCUCCGAUUUCUUCCCGAAUUAACAAGACUUUUUGCAAAACAGACAUUAUUUAAGAAUCUUAACACAGUUUGACGAAUGCCACGGAAAGAGAACUUUGCGAUAUUUCAUUCUAUAAUGUCUAGCACUAUGACAAGCUAAGACUAAGACAAAGUCUUUACCAUUUAGCAUAAAUAUAAUAAUAAGCAUACGUGUAAACUUUUUAUGCAAUAAAAAUAAGAAAA